AUGAAUUAUGCUAAUCCAUUUUCUUUAUCAUCUCAUGGAAGCUUCCUAAGUCCCAAAGAAAACCCCAGUUUUUUAACCAGCUUUCUCUCCCAAAAUCAAUCAAUCAGAUCAGUUCAAUCAAUUCCCACUAAGAUGAGUUCCAUAUCACAUCAAAAGAAUCCAAAGAAAACUGAUUUGGUAUCCCCCAGAUCCAAGAUUGUGACCUUGCAUGAAAAUAGGAAAAUUUAAAAGAAAAAUGUAGAAAGAGUUAAAUACGUUUCAGAGCAUUCCAACACACCUUACUUGUACAUUUCAAAAAAACAACCUUAAAUCCGCAUUCCCUUACUUCCCAAACUGUCACCCGAACCUAAAAUAGAAGUACAAAGAAUGCCUUAUAUAAAUAUCAUGACAGAACCAACUGCUGCAAUUGAGGAACAUAGUGACGAGGGAAGAACUAAUGGCGAAAAAAGUGUAGAUGAUAAGUAAUUAAUUUUGAAUAAGUCCAAUAUCUUACUCCAUUCUUCCGAUAUCACACAGAACUAAGAAGACCUAUUAUCAGUAAGCAAACUUUCCCUCAAGUCACGUUUUAAAUCGGCAGUUCAAAAAUCCUUUCGCACUCCACCUAGGAAAGUAUUAUCUUAUAUAAUUAGUCAUUAUUUAAUCUCCUUAUAUCAACUGAGUUUAAUACUUAUCAUGAAAAUGAGAGAAAGUCCAUACAAACUAAAUUCGAACCUGGAAAUUAGGUGCUGGCCUCUAAAUUAAUACAAAUGAAAAAAACAACCUGCAGGAAAUAAUGCAUCAAAACAACGGAAAUCAAAAGACAGUCUCGUUUCAUAAAUGUGGAACAGUUUAGUGCAUCAACUAAGGCAUUCUAAAGAAAGAUUAAUUUAAUACAUGGAACAAAUUCUAGAAAUAUGUUACAAUUAGAAUCCUUUUCCUUACUUCCUAAAUCUUAAAGGAAAUCUGCUAGUUUUGUUCCAAAAUUACAAGCCAAUAUUCAAUUAGGAAUAUCAGACAAGGUAAAUGAAAGGAAUGAAGAACUCCAAUUCCAUUAGAAAGACAUCAAGGGAUCUGAAAAAAUACAAAUAAAUUUAACUGUAACCUUUGAAAAUGUUGACAAGGCAGUGUACUAAUUUAAUAAACCAAAGCAUAUCUAUCAGAAUAAUAUUUUCUUUAAUGAAGAAAUGUCGUAAUUAUAAAACAUCUCACCGAAACUAACUCCAAGAAUCCUUCCUAUUUCUUAGCUAUCGUCAAGUAAUCAUCUAUAACUUGCCUCUACUAAGAAAUUGGAUUAUAAUUCAACUUUUGUCAAUGUAAAAACAAAAAGAGUUUCUAGACUAUCAGUUCAAUAAGGAGUGACUUAGGAUGAUGUAUCAAAACUUGAAUAGUAAAAUGAAUUCAAUAAAGUAUUCAUUCAUAUAAGAUUAAUAGCCUGGGCUAUAUGUUCGAGUUUAUUAUCAAAAUAAGUUAUAUAAGCUGAUAUAGAAAUCCAAUUAUACAAAAGAAAAUUUAGAAGAAAUCGAAUAAAAUUUUAGAUCAAAUUUUCCAUCUCCAAAUAGCAAUACACUAAUGAACACUGCUUUCACAAUAAUGUCAACAAUAGAGUAGGGAAUGAGAUAGAGAAAAAUCACGAAUGAAUCAUUAGCAGACAAAAUCUAAUUUUUGGGAAUAAGAUUGUCGAAAUAUUAAAUAGAAUCUGAAGAGUUAAUCUUUGAUUAUGAUAACGAAACAUCUUAUGACAAUACAGAAUCUAGUGAUGAUUCAGAAUCUGAAGUAUCCUUAGAUAAAUUGUUGGAGAGUCCCUUGAUUCCCAUAAGUAACAAUUUAAAUAAAUUAAAGCUAGAACCAUCAUAACAAAAUAAAAAGACUUCUAAAAGAAAAAAAUCUCUUAAAGAGACAUCAAACUAGCAAAAUGAUUAAACUCACUUCUUUAAUGAUUAACAAGCUGAUUAAAAAUGUAAAAAAUAAAUUGAUCUAUAGAGCUAUCCACAGGAACAUUAGUUAUGAUAAAGAAAAUUCGUGAAACCUUUCAUACACCGUUAACUAUUUAGCCAAUUUUGAAUAUUUUGGAAUCUUCAGCCAAAAACAUUUUGUUAAGUUACAGUGUUUCCGUUUGUGAAGAAUUUCAGAUGGAAUUGGUUUAGGAUAAGGAUCAAAUUGCAAAUUAGAAAUUGCAAAAAUUUCAGAAAAAUUCAUAAUUGAAUUCUAUGGCCUUUUAGGCAAUUGAAAUGAGAUAUUCUUAAAUCCUAAUUGGGAGAUAUCUCUGUUCAACCAGAAUUAUUGAUUUUGAGCAUUAAGAUCCUGUAGUUUCGACUACAAUUCAAGAGUAAUUGGAAAUAAAUGAUCAAUCCUCACCCUUUCAACAGCAACAACAAUAACAAAGUUCAUAAAUUAAAAGUCAAAAAAAAAGUUCAAAUAAAGAGUCUGUUAAAGAUUCAAACAACAAGAAAAACUAGACAGGUGGGAAGAUACCUUAAUAAUCUUAAAGAUAUCUUACAAAAUAGGAAUCUCUUCAAGUAAAUUAACUACAAUAGUGGAAUAGAAAAGCUAUGCAAUCUGGUGAUUUAUCAAAUACUUUAUAAUAGUCAAAUUAAUAGAAUUCAAAUUUAUUCACUCAAACUUCAACCAUUUUAAUAACAAAACCUACUCAAACAUCAUAAUAAUCUGUGUUUCGAGUUAUGAGUUCCAAACACAUUGAUUUGAAUAGUUCUUAAUAGGAUAUGAGUUCUUCAUUAAGUUCUCCUUAAGAAGAAACUCCUUAGUCUGGUUAAGUUGUGAAAACUCCAUAAACAUAACAAUAACAAGUUACCUAAGCAUCCAAUUAAAUAUAAUCUGGCCGAAAUUUACGUUCUCCGGAUGAAGAUUCUCAGCAAGACUUGUGCGAAUUAUACAACUCUCAUCAUUUGAAAAACAAUGUGGUAUUUGUUUUGAAUAAUUUAAGAACUGCUUGAGUAUGUACAUGCAUUCGUUAAGAAUGAGAACUCACAUUAAGGAGUCUUCAAGAAGAUAAAAAUUAGAAUAAAUUUAAUAAAUUAAGUUGGCCAUCUACGAUCAUAAUUAUACUGAAGUAUUGAAAUUACGAAUAUUAGUUUAUCGAUAAUAUCUAGUUCAUUCCAGAAGCUUAACUAGAUACUCCUUUUUAAAGCGGGGAUACUUUCCUAAUUAUAGCUGUUUAGUGUGGAUGCAUAGAGAUUGUUCAUGAGCUCAUCAAGAGGGGUGCAGACAUCAAUAUUUAAAAUGUAUAGUAUUACUAAAGAAGGAUGAUGGCAACACUGCAGUUCAUUUGGCUUUGGCAUAUGGGCACUACAAGAUUGCGGAUUUGUUAAUGGAAUCCGGAGGAAGCACGCAUAUCUUAAACAGGAAGGGAUAGAAUGCCUGGGGAAUAUUAUGA